CCUUAGCGCGGUUGCAGAGAGCUCCGCGGAAAAUCUUGCUCAACUCAGCUGUGUUGAUCGACUGACGUCGCAAUGUCCAAGCAGCCUGCCGAGUAGGCAAGGUAGCCAGCAUCAUGAAUCUGGUGGGUGGAUGAUUUGUUCGCCGAGACCACACAAGGCCACCUGAGCUAGCGAACCGGAGGCAUCCGUUAGCCGAAAGAUGGUUCGAUGCCAGAAACUACCUAAUCAGCGCACAUUGGCCGAGACUGCACUCCAAUUCAAUUGCUCAACUUACCAAGCUCUCCCCGGGCCAGCCCAUCGUUGUCGAGCUCCCGCUCCGCCAAUUGCCCGCCUCACGUCUUCCCUCGGCUCGGGAUUUUGCCUUUUUUCUCCCUCACUCCACAGAAGAACCGAAAUCAUGUCGGCCUCCCUGCUCCGCGUCGCCGCUCGCGGCCCCUCGAGCAUCCUCCGCGCCAACCUCGCCGCUGCCCGGCCGCAGCCGAUGGCCCCGCGCGCCGGUCUUGCCGUCUCCAACCUGCCGAGCAACAGCUUCAGCACAUCGAGUCGCCUGCGCUCUGAGCACCAGGAGGAAACCUUUGAGGAGUUCACGGCCCGGUACGAGAAGGAGUUUGACGGCGUUCAGGACGUUUUCGAGCUCCAGCGCAACCUGAACAACGCCUUCGCCUACGACCUCGUCCCCUCUCCCUCCGUCGUCUCUGCCGCCCUGCGUGCCGCGCGGAGAGUCAACGACUUCCCGACCGCUGUCCGGAUCUUCGAGGGCAUCAAGGCCAAGGUCGAGAACAAGGGCCAGUACCAGCAGUACCUGGACGAGCUGAAGCCCCUGCGCGAGGAGCUCGGCAUCAUGCUCAAGGAAGAACUGUACCCGGAGGAGUCCUAAGACGCCGGCUCCGCCUGCCAACGAGGAAAACAGGGCCUCCCUGACCGCGCCCGUGGGAUACCUUAGCCGUCUCUCUCCUUUCCAUGCCGGGUUGUAGAGGGCGCCGCCGAAUCAAAAGCUGUACAUGUUCUACUACUAGAUUUCUGCGCAAAGUAAGGAAGAUAUCGGGGCGGAAUCUGAAGCGCUGCGAGG